UUCAGUAGACGGUGAGCCGUGUUAGGGAACGGUACUGGUCGGACUCGACGUUGGCCCUAACUACUUCGUUAAAUCGCGAUUAUAAUAUACGCGUAUGAUUCCUAUAUAAAAAUAAAUAACAAAUAAGUAAUAUAAAAUGGAAUAAAAUAAAAGAACGUAAAAUAAACAUAGAAAAAUUUCGAUGAAAUUAAACGAAUCGUGUUAACGUUCGAAUAAAAAUUAUAAAUUAUUAUUGUAAAUUAAGAGUAUAGAACAAUAAUAAUAACAACAACAACAACAACAACAACAAUAAAAGAAACAAAAAUAAAAAUAUGUGUAGUAAACACGAGAAUACUCGAAGUGAAACUGGUUUAUCUUCGUCGAUCUUGUGAAUUUUUUUUUAAGUGGACCAAGAAGUGAGAAAAUGGCUGAGAACGGGAACUGUCGAGUACAAAUGGAAAUUGGCGAAGUUCCCCAUAACGUGGACGUCCAAUUACAUUCAACUAAGACUGAACUCAAAACGACUGAGAUCAAAGAGAAACGCUGUCAAAUGCAGAAGAAACGUGAAACGUCGGAGUUCCGCCAGGAGGAUGAGAUAUUCGUUGCAACAUGUGAGAAACAAGAACAAAGAAUACACAGAGAGCAACAACAACAACAACAAUCUCAUUCGCAAAAUUUUUCAAUGACAACGACGAUAACGACAACGACUAUGACGACGGAUAUACAGCAGGUUGAUAGAUUCGAAUCGAGUUCAGAUGUCUCCGGUUCGACUUUUAGCAGUCAGAGGGUUUACAAGAAGUCCUCGCCAAACAGCAAAUUAACUCUCUACCUAGCCAGUAGAGAUCUUAUCGUUAACGAUGCGAAAAUAGACAAGUUGCAAGGUGUUCUAUUGGUCGACCCAGAAUAUCUUCAACAAAAAAGGGUUUACGGUCAAAUAACAUUGACUUUUCGUUAUGGCAGAGAGGAUGAGGAAGUAAUGGGCCUAAAAUUUUGUAACGAGGCGAUAAUGUGUGUCUCCCAACUAUAUCCACCAUAUUCGGGACCAGAUCAUCACGAUAUUGUAACACCUUUACAGGAUGCUCUGGUAAAGAGAUUGGGAUCAAACGCUUACGCAUUCACCAUGGAAAUUACACCCUUGGCACCGCCAUCCGUGCAAUUGGUACCUGCUAAGGAAUAUACUGGUGCACCCAUCGGAACGAGUUACGACGUUAGAGCUUACGUGGCUGAUCGACCCGACGAUAAGUUGCAUCAAAAAUCAACCGUUAGAAUGGGCAUUAGAGUGAUUCAACGAACGACGAAACCACCCUUACCAUGUCUUACGAUGUAUAGUGUGCCUACAUCGACGAUGAUACCAUCAAGGAUUCAAGUUAACAAAACGAGAAUCUCUACCAAUGAAAUCCUCGAGGACGAAGAAAAUAUAGGACCACAAGCAGCCAUCGAAAAACCAUUUAUAUUGAGCGAUGGACGUGUAGGUUUAGAGGCAAGAUUAGAUCGAGCAAUUUAUGCUCAUGGUGAUUCCAUAACUGUUCACGUCAAUGUUAACAACAAUAGCAGCAAAUCCGUCAGACGAAUUAAGGUUUUCGUCGUUCAACAUGUCGACGUUUGUAUGUUUAGUAAUGGUAAAUUUAAAAACGUGGUAGCAAUUGUAUCUUCUCAAGAGGGCUGCCCUAUAGGGCCAGGAACUAGUUUGAAAAAAUGUUACACUUUGAAACCGAUCAAAGGAUCCAGCAAAAAUUGGAUUGCUUUGGAAGAUAGUUAUACAAAAGCUGGUGCUACAUUAGCUUCUACAAUCAUUUGUCCUGGAAAUGGACCAGAAGAUCGAAAUGUCUUUGCUAUUUAUGUAUCAUAUUACGUGAAGGUGAAAUUAAUAAUUUCAACGAUAGGGGGUGACGUUUCUUUAAAAUUGCCAUUCACUUUAACUCAUACUAAUACCGAUCCAGAUCUUGUUGGAUUUCCAUCGCCGAUUAGAGAACAUUCGAAAUCUUUAAGAAAAAUGGAGGAUAUAAAUGAACAUCCGGAUAAAUAUGAUUGUAAUCAAACGAAGAAUAAAGAAUCAAAAUUGACGACUAUUCAAGAAAAAGAAAAACAAUCAAGAAUCGCCGACGUUGAUCUUAUAGAACAUUGUGACGAGGAGGAAAGUACCUGAGACCAGGUUAAACGUGACGAGAAGCCUACUCGACAAUCUAAAAAGAAUAAUAACGAAGCUAAAAAUAUAAACUUGAAGAAUACAAAUCAAAAGGCCUGUAAGUUAGGCUUCAGUAUACAAAGAGCUUGGUGCUGUUUCAGAAGAGCCUCUUAGUGCGUCUUGAAUUUAAAAAGAACAUUUGAGAUAAUAGAUGGAGAAAAAAAAGAAAUGGAGUGUGUGUGUGUUGAUUAUGAGUCAUAUUGAAAAUGAUUCCAAAAAAUAGAUAUUUUUUGAAGGUACGAUUAUACACUCCCAAAAUGGUUCCUUCAUUUGUCGUGACUAUAUCGACUGAUUUUGAAUUAUUAUUCUACAGUACGGGGAAUCUAGAGCUUUUUUUACUCUUUUAACUUUUUUAUUAAUGUUAUGUAUAUAUACAUAUAUAUAUAUAACAUUAUCAAUUUGAUAUAUAUAAAGCUGGCAAUAUUUGGAGAAACAAAAAGAUUUUACGUUCAAAUAGAGAAAGAUUCAUGGUAAUAACUAAAACAAAAGAAUAUGUCAAUUGGUCCUACAGAAUGAAAUUUUUAGAAAAAUGUGAUUUAUAAUGCAGAACGUAAUUAUUCUAUAAUGAUAAAAUAAUGAAUAUAAGCGUAUAUAAAAAGCAAAUAUGGAAUUUAUUGAUGGGACUUCCAAAUGUUUAAUACAUACGUUCAUAUUAUUAUGUAAAUCUUUGAAACUAAUUAAAAAAUAUCAACUGCCAGUCUAAAUAUUUGGAAUUAAAAGUUACUAUGUUUUUUUAAGGUACUAUCAUUGCAGAAAAAAAAACAAAAACAAAAAGGGAAUAAUAUAGACAUUCCAUCAAAGCUAUUUAUUAAGACGAAAGAAAAUAAAAAGAAAUUGAGAAUUAAA